CCGUGCCCAGCACACACCGAGCCACCGACCGGCCCCAUGGCGCUGCGCUGGGCGCCCCUGCUCGGGCUGUGCUGCUGGCUGGCGGCCGCGGACCGGCACCCGGUGUUCUGGAACAGCUCCAACCCCAAGUUCCUGGCGGAUGACUACACAGUGGAGGUCCGGCUCAACGACUACCUGGACAUCAUCUGCCCGCACUAUGAGGAGGGCAGCGUGACGCCCCGCGCCAUGGAGCGCUACACCCUCUACCUGGUGGAGUAUGAGGAGUAUGCGGCCUGCAAGCCCCACUCCAAGGAGCAGAUCCGCUGGGAGUGCAACAAGCCAGCCGCCCUGCAGGGCCCCGAGCGGUUCUCGGAGAAGUUCCAGCGCUUCACGCCCUUCACCCUGGGGAAGGAGUUCAAGGAGGGGCACAGCUACUACUAUAUCUCAAAGCCAAUUCACCACCAUGGCAACGGCUGCCUGAAGCUGAAGGUGACUGUGGCUGGCAAAGCCACUGGGAUGCUGCCCGUCCACACCCCAAUGCAGAAGGGGGGGAUCCAGGCAGAUGACGCGGAUGUGCAGGUCCUGAAGAGUGUGGGCCAGAACUCGGCGCUGCGGAGCAGCAGCCCUGUCACCUUGCUCAGCCUCCUGCUGCCCCUGCUGGUGCCUCAAGGCCUGUGAGGUGGGAUCCUGGCUGAGCGGCACGGACUGAAUCGCUGGAUGGCUACUGCUGCUGGGAUUGGACCCCGUGGCCCAGAGAUGUGCAGCCCCCCAGCUGGGCUGUUGCAAACACUCAUGUGAGCACCUCCAGCUGGUGUCUCAGCCAGGCAUGCAUUGGCAGCCUAAGGACUUAUUAAGGGUCGAAUGACCCAAGUGGUCAGUAUUACGGGUCGAAUGACCCAAAGCCGAGCUGAGCAACCAAAGCCACUGCAGCCCUGUGGGGAGCGGCCCUGCAGAAGAGGUUGCUCCUCCUUACUGCCAAAGAACAGACCACCAGCACUUUCAACCACUCGCUUUGAGAGCGGACGACAGCGGCUGCUGCCCUUGGCUGGAUGGGCAGUGGCUCUGGACUAGGAGGGGGCGGGGUGCUGGCACCUCUGGCCGGCUGAGGCAGCCCCUGUGGAGUGUGGAGGAUGGACAGGCCUUGCGGGCUGGUGGCGUGGAAAUGUCCUGCAGGCAGAGGCACAAGUGCUGCCCACGCAAGCAGCCCAUGGACGGGCUGUGUCUGUGAGGCUGAAUGCAACCCAGGGACUCUGAGUUUGCUGGGGCCGUGGUACCACCUUGCUGGAGCAGGAUGUCCUGGAGCAAUAUUCCUUCUGGUGCAGGAUGCAGGUGUCAGCGAUGUGGGUGCCAGGAUUCCAUAUGGUGUGACGCCCUGGAAAAUGUGUAGACAUGUCUGGAGCAGGUGCCCCCUCCCCAAAUUCUGACCUCCUAUGGCAAUUCUGCUGAUUACAGCUUGGCCAGGGGCCUGGGACUGUCUGGCCUGCAGCAGGGAGCUGGGCUGCAGGCUUCUCAAAGGAGACAAAUAUCUCGUCACAGUGCCUGAGGAUGGAAUGAGUUGGCAGCCCCAAACACGACACCCCGUUCCCUCUACUCACCUCAGCCUGGCCUCUCCAGAAACACUGAGAGCAAGAGUUCCUCGGGCACAAACUCCCAGCCCCAUUCCUCUCUGCCUAGACUCAUUGCCACAGUAUCCCUUCCUCCUCUCCCAGCCCCACCCAGGACUCUCUGUCCUCUGCGUAAAGCAGCCACCUGUGCUGGAAACAGGGUGGGGCAGAGGCUGAGCGUAGCUGCUGCCUGGCUGGAAUUCCCACCACGGGCAGGUCUCUAGAUGCGCUGUACGACCCUGUCUCCACAGCCUGUGUGCACCUUGAUGCCUGGAGGGGGCGGGGGGCUCGUUCACCCAUACGCCUGCUGGGCUCUGUACGGAGGAGUGUAUAUAACAUCUCGAUUUGUAAAGCUUCCUUUUUACCACUGAAUUUUUUAUACAAAUGGUCUUGAAUAAAUAUGUUUGGAUAUGG